AUGUCUAGAGAUGCAUCAAACUAUAACUUAUCAGGUUCUCUUGCUCCUGAACUUGGGAAUAUUGAUAGCUUGCAAUACUUAGAGCUUAGAAAUAACCAGUUUACUGGUACAAUUCCCCAAGAGCUUGGUAAAUUUGGGAACCUGAAGAGCUUGGAUUUAUCCGGCAAUUUCAUUGAUGGGGCCAUUCCUCCUUCUCUAGGGAACUUAUCUAAUCUAAUAUUCAUGUAUCUCAACGAUAACGAAUUACAAGGAUCAAUUCCGAACCAGCUUGCUCUUAUUCCAACUCUAGCAGUUUUUAAUGCAAGUACUAAUGACCUUUGUGGUCAAGUUCCUCCUUUUAAUUCCGAUAAGACAUCACUUUUCGCACAAUCCAAGGAUCAACGGGCCUUGUUAAGGAAAUUGGAUAAGGAGGAAUAUGUUUGGCAAUAA